GAGGAGCGCUCGCGCAGCCGCCCCUGACUGGAGCGGGCUCGGCCGCUGCUGCAGAGCUCAGCGCCCGGGCCCUGCCGGAGCCGGGUCUAGCAUGUGCCGCGGCUCCCCGGCGGCAGCGGCAGCGGCGGCGGCGGCGGCAGCUCCUCUGCAGCAGCGGCAGCAGCAGCAGCAGCGGCCGCCAUGGCCAAGGCCGGCGUGGAGCUCACCCGCGAGCUGCAAGACAGCAUCCGGAGGUGCCUGAGCCACGGGGCAGUCCUUCAGCAACACCGAGUGAAGCUGGAGACAAAGCCCAAGAAGUUUGAGGACCGAGUGCUGGCCCUGACGUCCUGGCGCCUCCACCUCUUUCCCUUUAAAGUCCCUGCCAAGGUGGAGAGCUCCUUCAAUGUCCUGGAGAUCCGGGCCUUCAACACGCUCAGUCAGAAUCAGAUCCUGGUGGAGACAGAGCGUGGCAUGGUGAGCAUGCGGCUUCCAUCGGCUGAGAGCGUGGACCAGGUGACGAGACAUGUGAGCUCUGCCCUCUCCAAGGUCUGCCCUGGCCCUGGGUGUCUUAUCCGCCGUGGAAAUGCAGACACCCCAGAGGGGCCCCGAGACACAUCCCCCAACUCCGAAACUUCCACGUCUACUACUCAUAGUGUCUGCGGUGGUUUCUCUGAGACCUACGCUGCCCUGUGUGACUACAAUGGGCUGCACUGCCGGGAGGAAGUGCAAUGGGAUGUGGACACCAUCUACCAUGCCGAAGAUAACCGGGAGUUCAAUCUUUUGGAUUUCAGCCACUUGGAGAGCAGAGACUUAGCCCUAAUGGUGGCAGCCCUGGCCUACAACCAGUGGUUCACCAAACUCUACUGCAAGGACUUGAGGCUGGGCUCAGAAGUGCUGGAACAGGUGCUGCACACCCUGAGCAAGUCUGGAAGCCUUGAGGAGCUGGUGCUGGACAAUGCUGGACUUAAGACGGACUUUGUCCAGAAGCUGGCCGGGGUGUUUGGGGAGAACGGGAGCUGUGUGCUGCAUGCCCUCACUCUGUCCCACAACCCCAUCGAGGACAAGGGCUUCCUCAGUCUGAGCCAACAGCUCCUUUGCUUCCCCACGGGCCUCACCAAACUGUGCCUGGCCAAGACUGCCAUUUCCCCUCGAGUGUCUGCUGUGCCCAGGGCUCCAGGCGCUGGGCCAGACUUUCGGGGCCAACCCAGCCUUUGCCAGCUCCCUGCGAUACCUGGACCUGAGCAAGAACCCUGGGCUGCUCGCCACAGACGAGGCCAAUGCCCUCUACAGUUUCCUGGCCCAGCCCAACGCCCUGGUGCACCUGGACCUGUCCGGAACCGACUGUACCAUCGACCUGCUUCUGGGUGCCCUGCUCCACGGCUGCUGCUCCCACCUCACCUACCUCAACCUGGCCCGCAACAGCUGCUCUCACAGGAAGGGCCGGGAGGCCCCGCCUGCCUUCAAGCAGUUCUUCAGCAGCGCCUACACCCUGAGCCACGUCAACCUGUCGGCCACGAGGCUGCCGCUGGAGGCCCUCAGGUCGGGGCGCUGCUUCACGGCCUCUCCCUCAACAGCCACCUCAGUGACCUGCACCUGGACCUCAGCAGCUGUGAGCUCCGCUCGGCGGGAGCCCAGGCCUUGCAGGAGCAGCUGGGGGCCGUCACCUGUGUGGGCAGCCUGGAUCUGUCUGACAAUGGGUUCGACUCAGACCUCCUGACUCUGGUGCCUGCACUUGGCAAGAACAAGUCCCUCAAGCACCUGUUCCUGGGCAAGAACUUCAAUGUCAAGGCCAAGACCCUGGAGGAAAUCCUCCACAAGCUGGUGCAGCUGAUCCAGGAGGAGGACUGUUCCCUGCAGUCGCUGUCGGUAGCAGACUCCCGGCUGAAGCUGCGCACCAGCAUCCUCAUCAAUGCCCUGGGCAGCAACACGUGCCUGGCCAAGGUGGAUCUGAGUGGCAAUGGCAUGGAGGACAUCGGGGCCAAGAUGCUGUCGAAAGCCCUGCAGAUAAACUCCUCCCUCAGAACCAUCCUAUGGGAUCGGAACAAUACAUCUGCCCUGGGCUUCCUGGACAUCGCCAGGGCCCUGGAGAGCAACCACACCCUGCGCUUCAUGUCAUUCCCCGUGAGCGACAUCUCCCAAGCCUACCGCAGUGCCCCAGAGCGCACGGAGGACGUCUGGCAGAAGAUCCAGUGGUGCCUGGUGAGGAACAACCACUCCCAGACGUGCCCCCAGGAGCAGGCCUUCCGGCUGCAGCAGGGCCUGGUGACCAGCAGCGCCGAGCAAAUGCUGCAGCGGCUGUGCGGACGAGUACAAGAGGAGGUGCGGGCCCUGAGGCUGUGCCCCCUGGAGCCUGUGCAGGAUGAGCUGCUGUAUGCCAGGGACCUCAUCAAGGAUGCCAAGAACUCCCGAGCGCUGUUUCCCAGCCUCUACGAGCUGGGCCAUGUGCUGGCCAAUGACGGCCCUGUGCGGCAGAGGCUGGAAUCGGUAGCCAGCGAAGUGUCCAAGGCUGUGGACAAGGAGCUGCAGGUGAUCCUGGAGUCCAUGGUCAGCCUCACGCAGGAGUUAUGCCCCGUGGCCAUGCGAGUGGCCGAGGGACACAACAAGAUGCUGAGCAACGUGGCCGAGCGGGUCACUGUGCCCCGGAACUUCAUCCGAGGGGCGCUGCUGGAGCAGGCGGGCCAGGACAUUCAGAACAAGCUGGAUGAAGUGAAGCUGUCUGUCGUCACCUACUUGACCAACUCCAUUGUGGAUGAGAUCCUGCAGGAGCUGUACCACUCCCACAAGAGCCUGGCCCGGCACCUGACCCAGCUAAGGACUCUGUCAGAUGCACCAGGAGGCCCAGGCCAAGGGCAGGAUUUGUCCUCCCGAGGCCGAGGCCGGAACCAUGACCACGAGGAGACCACAGACGAUGAACUCGGGACCAACAUCGACACCAUGGCCAUCAAGAAGCAGAAACGCUGCCGCAAGAUCCGGCCGGUGUCUGCCUUCAUCAGUGGGAGCCCGCAGGACAUGGAAAGCCAUCUGGGGAACCUGGGGAUCCCCCCGGGCUGGUUCUCAGGCCUCGGAGGCAGUCAGCCCACAGCCAGUGGCUCCUGGGAAGGCCUCUCGGAGCUACCCACUCAUGGCUACAAACUAAGGCACCAAACACAAGGGAGGCCCCGGCCCCCUAGGACCACCCCUCCGGGACCUGGUCGGCCCAAUCAGGUACCGGUGCCUGGGACUCGUCAGGAGAAUGGGACGGCCACCCGCCUUGACGAGGGGCUGGAGGACUUCUUCAGCCGCAGGGUCAUGGAUGAAGGCUCCAGCUGCCCGCGGACGCUGAGGACCUUGCGCCCAGGCCUCUCUGAGCCGCCGCUGCCUCCACUGCAGAAGAAGAGGCGCCGAGGCUUGUUCCACUUCCGCCGACCCCGGAGCUUCAAGGGCGACAGGGGGCCGGGCUCCCCGACCGCCGGACUCCUCCUCCCCCCACCCCCUCCCCCGCCCCCACCCCCGACUCAGGAGAGCCCCCCCAGCCCGGACCCCCCAAGCCUCGGCAACAGCUCCUCUCCCUGCUGGAGCCCAGAGGAGGAGAGCAGCCUUGCCCCCGGCUUCGGGGAGGGCCGGGGGCCUUCCUUCCGCAGGAAGAUGGGCCCUGAGGGGUCAGAGCCCUGGGAGGGGGGCCUGGCCCCUGGGACCGCACAGCAGCCAAGGGUCCACGGUGUUGCCCUUCCUGGGUUGGGAAGAGCCAAGGGUUGGAGCUUCGACGGGAAACAAGAGGGCUCGGGCCCAGACCUGGAGGGCAACACUCAGGCUUGGCAAAAACGGCGCUCUUCCGAUGAUGCAGGGCCUGGAGCCUGGAAGCCCCCACCACCACCCCAAAGCACCAAGCCAAGCUUCAGUGCUAUGCGCCGGGCGGAGGCCACGUGGCACAUAGCUGAAGAGAGCGCCCCCAACCACAGCUGCCAGAGCCCCAGCCCAGCCUCCCAAAAUGGGGAGGAGGAGAAGGAGGGAACCCCAUUCACGGAGAGGAUGGCUCCAGCUAGGAAUGCCAAGCUGCAGGACCCCCCUUUAGCUCCACGGCCCCCCAAGCCCGUGGCUGUGCCCAGGGGCCGCCGGCCCCCUCAAGAGCCAGGAAGCAGGGAAGAAGCUGAGACUGGGGGUACAGCUCCAGGAGUCAACAAACCCCGGCUGAGGCUGGGCUCACAGCAAGACCAGGAGGAGCCGGAGGUCCAAGGGCCCCCCGAUCCAGGCCGCCGCCCCGCCCCGCUGAAGCCCAAGAGGACACGGCGGGCACAGUCCUGCGACAAGCUGGAGCCUGACAGAAGACGGGCCCCUGACCCCACAGGUGCUGGUGGUGAGGGGGCGGGGCCUGUCCCAGCCCGGCACGGGGUGGCUGGCUCACCCUGCCCAGGAGACAGGCCCCCUUGAUCUGUCCCCGGCAGGAACCAGUGAGCCAGGAACAGACUGACGGCUGCCACAGCCCCCGGCCCUCCUCUCGACAUGUGCCUCACAAGGACUCAGACCCCCACCCGUCGCUGCUCCCUCGGGGCCUCCCGCCAGCCCCUGUCCCACAGGGACAACAUGGCAGAACAGGCCAUGGUGGAGCAGGAGGGGGGGGGCCAGAAGGGAGGGAGCAGCCCGGAGAGAGGGAGGCUCUCAAUUCCUCAUGCCUCGCUCUGCAGAGAGCUUCAGGAUGGGGGCCGUCUCCUCCCCCAGGAGGGCGGAUCUCUGUCCCUCUAUCCCCAGGGGCUCUCUCCCCACUUGUAUAGAAUAAAAAAAAAAUCACUGCCUGCCUCGAGU